ACUUUAGUCAGCAGAUAAUUAGUCUUUUUAAAUACGUGCAAAGAGAAAAAAAUAAAACCUUCCAUCAGACUUGUGUUUGUAGAAGUUGUCAGCAAUCCUGCUUUGAUUGGAGAGGGUAUGCAGCCCUUUGAAUAGUUAAAACAUCUGUUCAGCGACGUUGUGAAAUGCUCGUGUUGGGAACCCCUGAUAAGGGGGACUGCUGAGCGCUUGGCUCUCACAGGCUCUACAGGCAGCAAGGGCUGCAUUAACUGUGGCCACUGCUUGCCUUUCCUCCUCCUGGGCAGAGCACAACGUAGGAGACAGCUACUAUUCUACAUGUGAUUUUGCUUUGAGAGGGAGAGAGCAGGAAGUGCCUAGGAAAUGGUUCAUGACAGAAACCUGGAGUUUUAAAUAGGAGAGAAGAGGAGGAGGAGGAGAGCACAUGGGCACAGUUUGUGAACAGUUGAAACACUGACACAACAGCAGCAGGGGAAAACCAGACUUCUGAGAGAGCAAGCACCUCCCAAGCUGUCCAGAUGGAAGGAGAGACAGUCCCCGAGGCCAGGGGAGCAGGCAGCAAAGCCACUCGGAUCGCCCUCGGUGUCUUUGUGAGCGGCACUGUUGUGCUUGGCACCGCUCUUUUCUUGGUUAGCCAAGGUCUUAUAAAGUUUCAUCCGAAGCAACAGUACUGUUUGACUGCAGAAUGCAUUGAAGCUGCUGCUAGCAUCCUGAGCAAGAUAAAUCAAUCUGUAGAUCCAUGUGAGAACUUCUAUCGAUUUGCAUGUGAUGGCUGGAUAGAUAAUAACCCCAUUCCUGAAGAUAUGUCCAACUAUGGUGUUUAUCCCUGGCUGCGACACAAAGUGGACCUCAAACUAAAGGCAUUGCUAGAGAAACCCAUCAGCAAAAGACGAGACAGUGAAGCUGUACAGAAGGCCAAGAUCCUUUAUGCAUCCUGCAUGAAUGAGGAUAAAAUUGAAAAAGCCGAUGUGAAACCCCUGUUAAGUAUCCUGAAGCAUUCACCUUUCCGCUGGCCUGUGUUGGAAUCCAAUAUUGGACCUGAAGGGCUGUGGUCAGAAAGGAGGUUCAGCUUAGUCCAAGCCUUGGCAGCUCUGCGUGGCCAGUACAGCAGCUCUGUCUUCAUCCGUUUGUACGUGGCUGCUGAUGACAAAAUCUCCCACCGCUACAUCCUGAAGCUUGAUCAAGCAAGCCUCUCUCUGUCAUCUCGAGAGGAUUACCUAGAAAAUACCACAGAAGCCAAAUCUUACCGAGAUGCCUUUUUGAAGUUCAUGGUUGAUACAGCAGUGCUGCUGGGUGCAAAUGCCUCCCGAGCUGAAUCUGAUAUGAAAUCAGUACUAAAACUGGAAGUUAAAAUAGCAGAGAUCAUGAUUCCAUAUGAAAAUCGAACAAGUGAGGUGAUGUACAAUAAAAUGAACAUAUCAGAGCUUAGUGCCAUGAUUCCACAGUUUGACUGGCUGGGAUACAUCAAGAAGGUGAUUGACACCAAACUCUAUCCUGAGCUUAAAGAUAUAGGUCCUUCAGAAAAUGUGAUUGUCCGUGUUCCCCAGUACUUCAAAGAUUUAUUCAGGAUACUAGAAAAUGAAAGGAAAAAGACUCUUGCCAAUUACCUGGUAUGGAGGAUGGUUUAUUCAAGGUUAUUUAACCUCAGUAGACGCUUUCAGUAUCGGUGGCUGGAAUUUUCUCGGGUGAUCCAUGGGACUACAACUUUGCUGCCUCAGUGGGAUAAAUGUGUGGACCUUGUAGAAAAUGCCCUCCCUUAUGUUGUGGGUAAGAUGUUUGUGAAAGCCCAUUUUAAAGAAGACAAGAAAGAGAUGAUGGAGGAAUUGACUGAAGGAAUUCGCUGGGCUUUUAUUGACAUGUUAGAAAAGGAGAACGACUGGAUGGACUCUGAAACAAAAAGAAAAGCUCAUGAGAAGGCAAAAGCAGUUAUGGCGAAAGUUGGUUACCCUCAGUUUAUAAUGAAUGACACAUAUAUUAAUGAAGACAUCAAAACACUGAAGUUUACAGAAAGUGAUUAUUUUGGCAAUGUAUUGCAAACUCGCAAAUACGCAGCCCAAUCUGAUUUCUACUGGCUUAGAAAAGAAGUUCCAAAAACAGAGUGGUUUACAAGCCCAACUACUGUAAAUGCUUUUUAUAGUGCAUCUACCAACCAGAUCCGAUUCCCAGCAGGAGAACUUCAAAAGCCUUUCUUUUGGGGAACAGAGUAUCCUAGGUCAUUAAGUUAUGGUGCCAUAGGAGUGAUUGUUGGCCAUGAGUUUACUCAUGGAUUUGAUAGCAAUGGUCGGAAAUAUGAUAAAAAUGGAAAUUUAGACCCUUGGUGGACAACUGACUCUGAAGAAAAAUUUAAAGAGAAAACAAAAUGCAUGAUUAAUCAAUACAACAAUUACUACUGGAAGCAAGCUGGCUUACAUGUGAAAGGGAAGAGAACUUUGGCAGAGAACAUUGCAGAUAAUGGAGGUUUGCGAGAAGCUUUCAGGGCAUACAGGAAAUGGAUUACAGAAAAGAGGGGAGGAGAAGAAGAGCCUUUACUGCCAGGCCUUGAGUUCACACAUAACCAGCUUUUCUUUCUGAGUUAUGCCCAUGUAAGAUGCAACUCCUUCAGACCAGAAUCUGCGAGGGAGCAAAUAUAUACUGGAGCUCACAGCCCUCCUCAGUUCAGAGUGAUCGGAGCCAUGAGCAACUUUGAGGAGUUCCGCGAGGCGUUCAACUGCGCGGCGAACACGACGAUGAACCGCGGGGCGCAGUCCUGCCGGCUCUGGUAGCUGUCCCUGCCAGCUCUGGUAGCUGUCCCUGCCAGCCCUUCUCUCAGGAGGCUGCAAUUGAACUGCUCAAACCCAUUGCCAGAGCUUCAGAAUGAUGCUCUGAAGUAUGGAGAGGUGUUACUUCAGAUGCACCUUCCUCACCCAUGUUGAUGAUCUGCAUGGAUCUGAUCAUUCCUCACUUACAGCCUAGAAACAUUCCAAAUAGAAGAGCUUUUCUUUAAGUAUAAUAAUAAAAAGUCACUCCUUUUAACGAUAAAACUACUCUGGCUCAUCUGCAGUAUCGCUGCUGUUGAUGGAUAACUGCCAUUAUCAAUUCUAAUUCCUGAUUUAUGGUGGAGCAAGACGUAAAUGCUAAAAUCCAGUUUUAAUCUAUUGCUCUGCAGGGGUUCUAUGCAGAAUGCUCCCACAGUAAAAUUUAUUCUUUCUAGAUGAAGAAAUUCAUGAGACCUGCUAUAAAGCCAGCUCUGAUCUGCUGCGUGAUACUGCAUUUUCAUAACUUAAGCUGUCACUGCCCAGCAUGCCAUAAAUGAUGUUGCAUGAUGUAAAGACACAAGACUUUAUAUAAGUUCAGUUUAGUAUGUCAGAUUAGUGCCUCUGGUUUUGGAACAGUUUCAAGCUGAGAAAGUACCUCAUGGUAUUCAUCUGUAGGACUAAAACAUAAAGGAUACUUGUCAGAUCAUGGCCUCUUCUAAUUUUAGACCAGCUUAUGAUAAAAAUCAAUGUGUGGUGAAAAUCAGAGGCUCUCAGAGGGGAUUCCCAGCACCACGAUACUCAUAAAUAUUGCAGCAUUUAUUCUGGUUUACAGUGUAGGCAGUUUUUCCCCAGCACCUUGUGCUGAAGAUAGCUUCAUCCACAUUUAUUUUUUUAAGCCAGAAAUACUAUACCAGUUUUAAAUGUUGGAUUUUAUUGUUUCUUGGUUUUACAUGGCAUUUUGAGUAAUGCCCUCAUGUUCUGGAUGGGGCAGGAUGACUUGUGAUUUUAAGAUAAGAGUUUGUGACGGAAAAACAGAGUACCGGCAUCAUUUGAGUUGCUGGAUAAAAAGAGCAAUUGAGGAGUAGAGGACUUAAAAAUACAGUAAAAAUACAGACCAGUUGAGUUUUCAAUUUGAUUUUUAAGAAUAUUCAUGAAAAGAUAUUUUAUUACAGCAGAAAAACUUUAACACAUAACUAUUACUGGGGGGGGUGAGAUGGAGGGUGAGGGAGGAUGCGCACACAGCUCUUUUUUCCUAUCAGAAAGGUACCUAUAUGAGUGGUAUGUAUUUAUACCUUGUGCAUGAUUUCAUUUUUACGUGGUGGAAUUAUCUCAAAAGGAGUUUCUUUAGACUGAUUUAAUUACUGCAAAUCUAUAUAGAGUAAUAUACAUGUGUAUAUACAUAUAUACAAAAUAUAAUUUUUAUAUGCUUUUAUUUUAUCAGUAUAGAAGUGUUAGUAAGGGAAACUUUUUUUACAAAGAUUGGUCAAAUACUGUUGGAUUUUUUUCUUUUUUUUGGUUGGAUAAAGACUAGAUUGGAUGGUCCAGAGGGUGAUGGUCAAUGGCUCAGAAUUCCGAGGGACAUCAGUGACAAGUGGUGCCCCUUAGGGGUUCCUACUGGCGCCAGUGCCAUUUAAUAUCUUCAUUAAUGACAGAUAAAGGGAUCAAGUGCACCCUCAGCAAGUUUGCAGACAACAGCAAGCUGAGUGGAGUGGUUGCCACACCUGAAGGAUGGGAUGGCAUCCAAUGGGACUUGGACAAUGAGAAGUGGCUCAUGGGAAUCUCAUGAGGUUUAACACGACCAAGUGCAAGGGGCUGCACCCAGGUCUGGGCAACUCCUUGUGUCAGCAAAGUCUGGGGAUGAACAGAUCAAGAGUGGCCCUGCCUAGAAGGACUUGAGGGGGCUGGUGGGUGAGAGGCUGGACAUGACCCAGCAACCCAGGCAUCUGCAGCCCAAAAAACCAACAGUGUCCUGGGCUGCAUCCAAAGCCCUGAGGGCAGCAGGUCAAGGGAGGGGAGAGGAGGCCACCAAGAUGAUUUGAGGGAUGGAGCACCCCUCCUAUGAGGAAAGGUUGUGAGAAUUGGGAUUGGUCAGCCUGGAGAAGGAAAGGCUUCGGCGUGACCUAAAUUUCAGCCUUCAGUACAUGAAGGGAGGCUCCAAGAAAGAUGGAGAGGGACUUUUCACAAGGGCAUGUAGUGACAGGACAAGGGGGAAUGGCUGUAAACUGAGAGUAGCUCUGGAUUAGGAGGAAGUUCUUUACUGUGAGGGUGCUGAAGCACUGGAACAGACUGCUCAAAGAAGUUGUGGGUGCCUCAUCCCUGGAAAUGUUUGAGGCCAUGUUGGAUGGGGCUCUGAGCAACCUGGUGGAAGUGCAAGGAGGUGACCUUGCCCAUGGCAGGGGGCUGGAAUUAGAUGAUCUUUAAGGUCCUUUACAACCCAAAUCAUUCUAUGAAUCUGUGAUUGUCCAACAGUCAUGGUGGAGGAAGGUUUACUGAAGCUAACUAACUGAAACAAAUUGGGUUAUUUUCCUGUGUGUCUUUAGAAAGAAGGGGGUCACAAUGGAAGCAUAAUUUAUGGAAAAGGACAGGAUCUCAAACUACCUUCCAGAGUUAAGGAAAUAGACAUUCCUGUCCUUAAGGCUAUGUUGCCACUUCUAGAAACAAAAUAUUGUGAUUUGGGAUCAGAAUAUUCUUUUAUCUUUUUCUUUCCCUGGAGAAUUCAAAGUUUUCUUAAGAGGAAAGCAUUUUCCCUUCCUUCAUUCCAGCUCAGUUCCUGAGUUCCAUGGAUUACAGUUUAUCAUUUGAAUUGCCACUACUAAAUUUUUUUCUGCAGGUAUUUUUCCCAUAAAUAAUAGUGGCAGUAUUUUCAUAGAGCUUUUCCUCAAACAAGCAAACUGAGUAUGUACUGACUUUAUUUCUGUGCUUAUACAAGCACUGACAUGACUUGAUGUUGGCUGCUUUGGAUCAACAGCACAAAGUUCAGGGUUGAUGUCCUGGCCCAAUUAAAGGUAGUACCAAUAUGGUUGUUGUCCUCAGAAAAAUAAGGACAUAAACUCUGGCACUUAUCUGGAUUUUAUAAAUUACUGGAAUAGGCAAAGAUGGUUUCACAACAGUCAACUCUGCAUUUUCUAAUUUUAUCUCUCAAAUCAGAGAUGUAUUUGCAAGAAUUCCCCUCUCAUGGUUAUUUUCCAGUGGGACAGAUUCUGUCAUUUUGUGAUUUAUGAAGUUGUUUCUCUGUACUGAAUUGGAUUUUUUUCUAAAAUGUCUGAUGUUUCUUGCCUUAAAUGUCACUCUUCCUGCUCCUUGUUAGGCUCAGGUCUUUCAUGUUUAAUACCAGGGAUUUCUGCAUGGUCUUGUGUGUAUUCCCAAUGGCACAGGAACCACUGCAAACUCUUUCAUCCUUGCUAGGCCAUCUCCUGCAGCAGACAAGGGACAGGUCUGGGCUGGGGGACAGUAGGGAACUGGGUGUUUUGGGGGCAAUGCACUGGGAGAAAGGGAAGAGAGAGCAUGACCUGAUUUUGGCAGCUGAGAGGGUACGGAUACACUGCUGGGGGAAGCCAGAAGUCCUUGCUGCUGACUGGUACGUUCAUCAGUUGUAUCCUAAUUCAGGAAAUUCUUGCUGUUGACUCAGGUUCUCAGUGUUUGGGGUUUAGGUCUUUCCUGUGUCCCCACAAGGACCCUGGCCUGCCUCACCUGCUGCUUUUUACCUCAAAUCAAAGAGUUGAUCUUACAAUUUACAGUUCACUUUGGAUAAGCUGCUUAAGUACCAUUUGGAAAGCAAAGCAGGAGGUAAUUAAACAAGUUCUUAAAACUUUUGUCAUCAAAGACAGCCAAGACAUUGGUGAUGGUUUGUGAGGGCUCUGCCCAUUGCCUCUGUUUUAUCAGAGCACCUGGCUGUGCUUUGUUUUUGUGUUGUGCCUCCUGUGUCUGUGCCAGCAGUGCCUUCCUGCAUUGCUCUCAGGUUCACUUGUUACAUCUAUGCAAAAAAUCCUUCACCACAUAUAUCCUUUCUCCCAGAGCUUUAAAAUUGUUAUUUUGCUUAAUUGUAAAAUAAUAUAUCAGUAAUAUUGGGAAAUGUUUCUUCCUGUUGGCUCAGUAGUCUACUUCUUCAGUGACCAGGAGGGGAAGGGUCACCUAUGAAUGAAACAUUUUUACCUUUGUAAAUCUGAGGAGAUAUUUUUCUACUGUGUAGACAUAAAGAAACAACCUCUACUCCUGUCCCAUGUCUCCUUCUUCAGGUCAUAAAAGUAUGGAAACUUUUUCUCUUCUAGUUAAUCUAAUCUAGAUUUUGUUUUGUUUUGGUUUGGUUUUGUUUAAGCCUGAAAUGCUAAAACACCAGUUUAUACACUGUGAAUAUUUCUGCUGAUCAUAUUGUGGAAGACUAAGCUCUCUGAAAAGGCACCUGUGCUAUUCACCUGUAUAAACUGCUUUGGUACAUAAAUGAUGUCCAAGCUGGGUCUGGACACCAAAGGACCAAAAAACUCAGCUGAAUUAUAAAACUCUGCCUCAUGCCCUGUGCAGCUGGACUUCACUAUUCUUUAAGUAGGAACAUUAUCAUGUCACUAAUUGGUUGAAUAAUUUAUAAAAUAAUCAGGUAGGUCUGCAUAUAACUUUUCAUUGAGUAUUAUUCAAUUAAAGACAUGGAAGUAUAUCUCAUAACAAUGUUAUAUGUUAUAUGUAUAUAUAUAUAUAUAUGUAUAUACACAUGUAUCUGUCAAUGAAAUGUUAAAAGCCUGACAACUCAGGAGGCAGAACUAUAGUGGUUUAAAAUGUCUUUUGUCUUUAAGUCUUUUUAAUCUGAUUUUUAUUUACUGGUCAGUCUAUUGUACAUUUGAAUUUUUCUACUUGCAUAGUACAUUGGUUGACUGUUUUAAAGACAAUUGUGUUAGCAAAUAAAGCUAAAGUGAUGAAGAAUUUUCCUAUGCUUGCAGUAUGGUAAAACCUGCUUAGCUUGGCACUGUCCAA